AUGUCCUUUGCUUCAGGUGCAGACAUAGUUGCACUACAAACUGAAGUCAAUGUACUGUGCAAUACAUUGAAGGGCAUUGUCUCUGCAAUCCCUAAUAUUGUUGGAUUGAGCAAUGCAACAUUGCCCAAGGACUUUACCAUGCCAGACCCAGCUGCUCCAACAAAUCUAGGGUGA